AUGUCGUACCGAUCCCGCGAGUCGCAACCAUGGUCGCAAAGAGACAGGGACGCCUCUUCCAUGUCCUCCGUCUUUGUCCCUACAUAUCUCCCCGCACUGCAAGCCAAAGGCGCUGGUACAGAUCGCGACGGCCUCGAGCCCUUGACCGAGGAGGAAUAUGACCCCUCUUCGUUCGACCUCGUUGUGCCCGCGCAUGCCAUGGGCAAGCAGUACACCCUCGAGGCGCAAUCCGAGCUGCUCUUUUCCGUGAAGCAUCUCGCCGUGAUCUUCGACGACCCCAUGCUGUUGCAGCGCUUCACCAACUUUCUCUCUGCGUCGCGGCCCGGCUCGGUGCCGCUGCUAAAGUACUACCUCAACACGCUGAAAGCGCUCAAGGCGAUCAAUUACGCCAAUUCUUUGACUGGCAACUUGAAGGGACUUGAUGGGCAUGAGUUUACGAAGGAUCCUGUUACAGACACCGUCAAUGAUGCCCUGUGGAAGAGGGCGAAUGAUGCGUUCCAGGCCAUGGCGAACCACGAUCUGCCAGCGUACAUCACCCACACUUACAUCCAGACGGUGAGCAUCACGAUCAAGAGGAGAAUAACAGAUCAAUUGGCGCCCCAAUUGCGAGACCUGUCGGAGGGAUUGGCAGAGGUGUUCUGUUUGACAGACCCGUCGCGACCCGACAACCCAAUUGUCUUUGCAAGUGAAGAGUUCCACCGCACAACACAGUACGGAAUGGACUACGUCCUGGGCCGCAACUGUCGCUUCCUCCAGGGCCCGAAAACAAACCCCUUCAGUGUGCAGAGAAUUCGAGAUAAGCUCACCGCUGGUGUGGAUCACUGCGAAACCUUCCUCAACUACCGCCGUGACGGAUCCCCUUUUAUGAACCUACUCAUGGUCUCACCGCUAUACGACUCACGAGGCGUGGUGCGAUACCAUCUCGGUGCGCAGGUCGAUGUCUCUGGCCUCGUCACAGAUUGCUCCGGUCUGGAGUCAUUAGCAGCGCUCAUCUCACGCGAGAACCCCGAACACGAACGCUACCCCGGUGAAACAUCUCACAGAAAGCCGGACGAAGAAAAGGAGGAGUUCGUCGAGAUGGCUGAGAUGUUUGACCUCCUCGAACUCAAGACCGUGCGCGAGGUAGGCGGCGCAUUCCACCGUACGCACCAGCAGGAUGUUCGACAGACGGACACGGUACCUGCGAACUGGAACAAGCCGAGACUGGUUUUCCAGGAUGACGCUACUAUCAACCGCCGCCUAUCGGAUCCUAUUCUCAACGAGACAGCUCUGUCAAGCUACAGCGGUCGUCUGAGCGGUAUCUACAAGCACUACCUCCUCGUCCGCCCAUACCCCAGCUUACGCAUCCUCUUCGCCUCGCCAUCCCUGCGCGUGCCCGGGAUGCUACAGAGUUCUUUCCUGUCACGCAUCGGCGGCUCAGACCGUGUCCGCGAGACACUCACGCAAGCCUUCGCAGGCGGCAACGGCCUCACAGCCAAGAUCCGCUGGCUGUCCAAGUCUGACAUGCAAACCAAGGCAAACACCGACGGCAGCCAGUCCGCCCCGUCAAACCCCGGACGUAACCGCUGGAUCCACUGCACGCCGCUGCUGGGCUCGAACGGAGCUGUGGGUGUGUGGAUGGUGGUCCUCAUCGACGAUGAGUCUGAUGAAGCGUUUAUCCGAGGGAUGAGGCGUGAGGCUCCUGCUGUGCAGCCGUCGCCGAGAUCAAAGUCGAGACUUGAGAUGCAGGAUGAAGAUAACAUGAGUUUGAGUAGCUUUGCGGCUGCGCAUCGACGGUCAUGA